CCUUUUUUGACACCAUCACAUCGAAGUUUCGGGUUUAGGAGACAGCUGCCUUUCAAGCCCCUUCUUUGGUGUAUCAUGCUGACUUUAGCUUGUAAAUUCACUGUCUUAAAUUUCUUUAUGAUCUCCUGCUGCUUUCUUAAUUAUGUAAUUCCUCAGGUCAAUCCGGAUAUACCAGCAAUCGCCAAAUAUUUCAACACAAAAGGGAGGUAUGAAGAAGUGAACCCACAUCUCACAGAGGACAUACUUGCAGUAAAUAGGUCUGUUUUACAGCCUCCAUCUGCACAAUGCCAAGAAAUUCAUCUGACUGCCAUCAUAAGACACGGCACAAGGUACCCGACGAUCAAAAACAUCAGGGAGAUGCAGCAGCUCUAUAACAUUGUCCUCCACAAUGCCUCAGGAGAAGCCAGUUGGCUGCGGGAAAUCCAGACUCAGUGGAAAAUGUGGUACACCGAGGACAUGGACGGCAGACUGGUACAAAAAGGUGUGGAGGAUCACAAGCAUUUGGCCAUCAGGCUGUCAAAGCUGUUCCCCACAAUGAUUUCAGAGGAGAAUCUCCGAGGUGGAUUCAUCCAGUUCAUAACCAGCUCAAAGCACAGGUGUGUCAACAGCACGCUGUCCUUCAAGGCAGGACUGACAGAGCUGUGGGCUAUUACAGAUAAGGAGUUUGACCAUGCAGUGAAUGAUGCCCUGAUGAGGUUUUUUGAUCAGUGCACCAGGUUUGUACAGGAAGUCGAUAACAAUGUGUCAGCUGUCUUUGAGGUCAACAAGUUCAAGCAGGGACCAGAGAUGAGGAGAGUCCAGGAGAAGAUCGCAGACCGUCUCAGAGUCUCGCACAGCAUCAUCACACACGACAUGGCUGAGGCCGCUUUUUACCUGUGUGCUUAUGAGUUUGCAAUCAAGGCGGUGAACUCCCCCUGGUGUCAGCUCUUCGACGAGGACGAUGCAAAGGUUCUGGAGUAUGCAAGUGACCUGAGGGAAUUCUGGAAGAGAGGCUACGGUUAUGACGUCAACAGCAAGUCAAGCUGCAAUCUCUUUCAUGAUGUGUUCAGCCGACUGAACAAAGCAGCUGCUGAGAACAAGUCAGGACAGAAGGUGAGUGAGGCUGUGACAGUCCAGAUUGGCCAUGCAGACACCAUCCUGCCUCUGCUUACCCUCCUGGGCUUCUUCAAGGACAGCAAUGUCCUGACAUCCACCAACUACGCCACACAGACCCAGCGCUCCUUCCGCACCAGCCGCAUGUUACCCUACGCAGCUAACUUUCUCCUGGUGUUGUACGACUGUGGGGGAGGAGACCUGAGACUGCAGCCGCUGCUCAAUGAAAAGCCUGUGACUUUUCCCGGUUUGAUUGACCGGGGAAGCUCCAUGCCGCUCUAUGAGGACGUCAAAGAGAACUACAGGGAACUGCUCCAAGGCUGUGACUUUGAGACUGAGUGUCAGUUGUUUAAGCAUCCUGCUGAGGCUCAGUCUGGGUAGAUUCUGGUGGAACAAUUCUUUUUAUCUGUAAAAAAAUAAUAAUAAUAAUAAUAUAUUCUUCUACCAUUAAAAUGUGGCUUUUUGAAUGUGAAUUUUCUAAAUUUUCUGCUUCAAAAAUUCAAAAUUCUAAAUGGGUUGCUAUUUUUUUCAUAGUUAAGGCAACAGAAAGAACUGUGAUAUAGAAAUCCAUUCAAUCAGUCAUUAAUAAUAAUACAUUUCUGAGUAGGAAAACUGAAUUCACUUUUGCCAUUAAAUAAAGCUCUUCCAAAAGUUCAGUAGUAUUCAGUUGCAUGUUUUGACCUGCAGUCAUAUCAUUCACUCCUCUCACUUAAUACUAAAUUAUAAUUUCCUGCUGUCUUUAUCUGUGAGCUGUCAAUUAUGAUUCCAUCUGUUUUUAUCAGUUAAUCUAAUCUAUCCAGUAGCAGGCUGGCACACCUUGGUAGCCUAUCAUAUUGCUGCGGUCUUUCUUUAAUAUGAUUCUCUCAUGUCCUUAGUACAUUCAUGCUGUUGUUACACCUGCCGCUCCACCUCCACAUCACCGCCUACUCUUUGCAUAUUCAGCAGCGUCGAAAUACACAGUAUUUGUUGCUGCUCAAGGCAUCACAAAGUCUGCCUGUCAAGUCUCAGCGCCAGAGGCUUUAUGUUAAGCCUUAAUUAUCGUGUCAUUUACUGUAAUAAAAAAUAAUUUACUUUU